AAAAGCUUUUGCAAACUAACAAUUUUUCUUACAAGCGCGCCAUUUUGUUUUUGGACUUUCUACUUCUCGCCGUGUUUUCUUUUGUGCGAAAUAAUAAAAUCGUCUGCCCUAACCCACGAAAAACAUAAAACUUUGCCAAUUGCUAAUUAAAUAAGAAUGCAAGCAUGUAGAUGGGAAAACAUUUAUAACAAAAAACGCGCGACAUAUGCACAUAUGUAUGCGUGUACAUACCUAAAUAAAGGCUGCUGAAAAUGUCAAUACGAUGAAUAAACGAAGCAGCGAUUAGUCGACGUCGGUCGUGGUCGUGCCUGUGGCAGAGGCAGAGGGUCAGACGCGCUAAUUACGUCAUAACAAUCAAAGAAAAUUCAAGGUCUCCCUAUAGCGCACAUCAGACAUGAAGCCUAUGUAUUAGAUUUCGUUACGUUUUCAUUAAAAAUAAAACUUAAGGCAAAAAAACAGUACACAGACUUUCUGUUAAAUUUCCCAGCAUCUGCCAGUCGGUACAUAAGAUGCGUGCAUCUGUGUAUGUGUAUAACGGUGCGGCAUAGAAACCGCCGCCAAACGUAAAAUUUUAUAUAUAUGUACGCGUAUGUAUGUAUGUAUAUCCAAAAACAAACAGUGACGAGGACAAUAGUAGCGGAACUUAAAGGCGCCCUGAAAAUAAUAUUGUACAUAAACUUUAAUUAAAGCGAAGAGAAAAACAACAGCAACAAAAAAAUAGCGGAACAGAAAGUAGAAAACAAUAAUCAAUAGGCGAUAAAAAGUGUUAUCAGCGUGUUUUCGUCAUUUGGCUUUUUGGAAUUGAUAUUGUUGGUUGGCUUGUCUUGGCAUUCAUUGCUGGUAUCUCGUUGGCAUUUCGACAACUUGUUGUUGCUGCCGCGAGAUAGAGUACGCGGCAGCGGCAACAUCUUCGCCAAGGGGUGUUGUUGCUUGCGUAGACGCCAACGCUGACGCUGACAAUGUCUGUGCAGCAGUUCUGCUUGCGCUGGAACAAUCACCAGCCAAACUUCAUAUCCGUCUGUUCCUCCCUGCUGCAUAAUGGGACGCUGGUGGACGUCACGCUUGCCGCGGAGGGUCGUCAACUUCAGGCCCACAAAAUAGUGCUGUCCGCGUGCAGUUCGUACUUUCAGGCGCUAUUUACGACGAAUCCGUGUCAACAUCCGAUUGUCAUACUGAAGGACGUGCAGUACGAUGAUCUCAAGACGAUGGUGGAUUUUAUGUACUACGGUGAGGUAAAUGUGUCGCAAGAGCAACUGCCACACAUACUUAAAACAGCCGAGAUGCUCAAAAUAAAGGGCCUGGCCGAAAUGCCAACAGAUCCGGCGAACCUCACCAAGUCAGAUAGCAAGUCGUCCAGCGAGGCCACCGAGUUGCUGGGUCAAGCUGGCGCGAAUGUUGCGGGCACCAACGCUGGUGUGGCUGCCUCUAGUCUAGGAGCGGCUAGUGGCAGUAGUAGUGCUGGUGAUUCGCUUUGGAGUAGCAGUGAGGCACAACAGUUUCAGCAGCAUCAUCAGCAACAACUACAGCAACAACUGCAACAGCAGCAGCAGGCGCAACAACAGCAGCAGCAGCAACAACAACAGCACCAGCAGCAGCAGCAGCAACAGCAGCAACAACAGCAGCAGCAACAACAACAGCAGCAGCAGCAACAGCAUCAUCAUCACCAUCAUCAUCACCAACCACAACAGCAGCAGGGCAGCCAAGCGCAGGGUUCACAGACGCAUCAUCAUCAGUUGAGACGAACACCAUCGCCGCUAAGUGCUGGCACCUCGCCGGCCACGCGGCGCAAGCGCUUGCGAAAAUCCUCGAAUAACGGCUCUGGUGACCGGAAUAACUCGGAGGAACAGCAUAGCAGCUCCUUGGAUGCAGCUAGCGCCGCUGGCAGCGCUGCUGGACUCAGCCUAGCGCAUAUGAGUCAAAUGUCAUUUGGCGGUGGAGCGGGCAAUAACUCUUCAGCGGCACUGGGCAGUCUUUCGGGCCACUCGAUGCAUACUGCCAAGUUGCUGAAAGAGUCGGCGAGCACUGAGCUAGAACAACAGCCACAGGACUCGGAUCUGGAUGACGCUCACGGACACAUACAUAUGCAAAUUAAGCCUGAAGUGGAUAUUGGCAAUGUGAAUCAAUCGAUGCCUCUGGACAUAUCUGGCACUACGACACCUUCGGAACACGACGCCCCCAAUUCACAAUCGUCGCACUCGGAGCCUAGUCCGGCGCAUGUCACGCAGCAUCAUCCCACGCUGUCGAUCAGCCACAGCCAAGGCACCAAUACAAGCAGCAGCAGUGGCAGCUUUGAGCGGACGCCGAGUGAAACGGAUGCUGCAACAGAUUUGCAGACAUCGCAGUCGACUGCUGUGAUGGGCUCCAAGCGGAAUAGGGUGCUCACCAGGCAGCCUCGGGUUAAGCGCGACAGCGAUAGUCUUUCGUCGACAAAUCAGAUUUCACCGGAUACAGCCGCUACGACACUUGACUUUGAUCCGUUCAAUGCGGCGGGCACAACCACCGCCAUAGCCAGGGACUAUUCGACACACCAUCACCACCAGGCGCAGCACCAACACCAUCAUCUAUUGACCGUACCACCUCGAAUUGAGCGGCACGCUUCUGAACCAGCACCAAGUCUGGCAUCGCCCACUCCGCACCUGUUAAGCGUACCGGCCAGCACACCAUAUCUAAUUAAGCAGCAUUCGGACCCGCUGCUGCCACGUCAGCAUUCGCUGCACGCCACUGGCACAGCCGGCAUUACGGGCAGUAAUCCCUUUGCGCCGUUGCAUCGUCAAUACUCGCAUCCACUGUCUGGAAGUAAUGCAAGCUAUGUGCCACCUGCUCCGUUACACCAUCCACACCAUAUCUCGCUGCCUGAAUCAAUUUAUGCUUCUGGCUCGCCACCGCCAGCCGGUUCAUCGCAGUACCUGGUACCAGCACGCGUCGUCACUUGUACCGCUUCGUCCAGUGAGGCCGCAGUCACGCCCACCAACUCAAGUGGCACACCCGUUUCUGUAGUAACAUCGCCACCAGUAGGCCUCAACAGCAACAGCAAUCGUCAGCCAUUUUCGCCGACAUACGGAGGCAGCACGGAACAGUCACCCAUUCCGGAACGCCGGUCGCCCCACUCACCCAUCACAAAUAUUGUGGAGCGCAGUAGCACACGGGUAGAGACGGCCAAUGGCAGUGGGAAUAAGUUACGUUCCUCCAAGUCAACGGGCAGCAGCAGCAGCAGCAGCAACAUUCACCUGCAUCCCAGCCAGACUGCGACGAGUGGUUCGUUUGAGCAUUUGCCCACGCUGCGCGUGAAGAACGAGGAACUACAGCGCUCGGUGUCUUCUCCACAGACACAACGUGAAAUAAUUACCUUAGAGAACCCACGGUCUAGUCAUUGCCCAGUUAUUCGUCCUGGUCCGGCGCUGGGCUGCAAUUUCUGCUGGAAUACCAUCGAUGGACAUGGUCGCAUUUUGCGCCGCAAAACGAAAUACCACUGUCCCGAGUGUCAAACGAAUUUAUGCAUCGUGCCGUGCUUCCAGGAGUACCACGAGCGGCUCAAUAAUGAAGCAGCAGCCGCUGCUGCCAGCGGCAGCGAAAGCCAAGCCAACACCAGCAAUAGCAGCAACAGCAAAGGAGCACCCUAUGCAUCAGCUGGCGGGUCCGCUGCUCGGCUCUAUACGAAAACCGAAUCGAUAUAAGCCACACCAUGGAAUCGUGUGCAUUGGCUUACAUAUUUGUAUUUGAGGCACGACGGGCCCUUACACGAAUGGUCGUCGAUGUCGAAUUUGUUGUUUGUCGCCAGGAAGUGCAGCUGUAGCGCCAUUUAAACGGCAAGCCAGCGGCACACUCUUCAUCCUGCAUCGAAAUUUUUCAUUUGUCACAGUCCCACUGUCCAGGACGGAUCAGGUACCUGGACACGGACUGUUCACGCGCAUUGAAGCGCAACAAAAUUUGUUUUUGUAUCUGCGUCACCAUUUCGGCGGCGCAGUGAUGUAGCGUACAUACGUGUACAUACAUACAUGGAUACAUACCUACAUGUAGGCAUGCGCGCAACCAGUCGCAUGCCACGGUUUACAAAUGCACAAGAAACAUUUUUAAUACUAAUCGUAUAGCGAGCUAUGUAAAUGUAAAAUUAUUGUUACGUACAUACACGUACAACGUAUUUGUAUGUAUAGUCUUGUACAAAUUGGAGAAACGAAAAUACAUAUAAAUCAAGAAAUAAAAAAACAUCAGCGGUGCAGAUAAAUCAAGCUCGAAUCAACACAUAAAUAUAUGAACGGAAUUCAACUUCUACAGCAGACAUACAUACAUUAAUAUAUAUAAAUAUAUGUGUGUAUUGUACAACAAACUUAUAAACUUCCCGCCAAACAAAGAACACUAGGAUUGAAGGCGUGACGACGCCCCUAACACCUGACGCCUUUAAGGCCAGGCACCGCUGCGCAGGCGCACGAUUUUUCACCUGGUAAACUGAAUUUUGUGUUAAAAAAUUAAAAAAAAAAAAAACAAAACAGAUUUGUAAGUCUAUUAAGAUAAUCCGUAAAUAUGCAUAUGAUAUGCGUAUAUAUUCAAGCACAUGUGAAUGUAGAGUAUUUUGUAAAAAUGCGAAUGCGAAUGCGAACACGAGUCGCUAAGUCAAAUAAAAUUGUCAACAUUUCGCUGCUGUUUAGUUAGACUUUGUUACAUUUAGACAAUAUACAUAUAAACAAGAGUACAAAAUUAAGUUCGACAGCGAUGGCAGACAAAACGGAAGCGUGCAAACGCAAAAAAGUGCAAGAAAUGCCAAGUAAAGCAAGUUAUAAAUCAAUUUUAAAUUAACUCAAGCUAUGAAUACAACAAUUUCAUUCAAUUUCGAAAUCGUUACAGCGAUAUAUCUUGGUGUUGUAAUUCAAUGAAAAUAUUUUGUACCCAGCUCAUGAGAAUUUAAGAAAAUCU